AUGAGCACGCAGCGUGGGAACAUGAAGAAGCGGGCGCCGAAGCACCAGAACGCGUUUGCGUUCCGGCACAACCCCAAGUCCAAGAAGACAGAGCGCAUUCUGUCGAUGCCUAUCCACGGACUCUGCGAAAAGUGCCGCCAGCAGAUUGAGUGGCGCAAGAAGUACCGCAAGUAUAAGCCACUGACACAGCCAGGCUCGUGCAUCUUUUGCCACCAGAAAAGCGUGACGUCUGCCUAUCACUCGUCAUGCGACACUUGUGCCAAGGCGCGAGACAUUUGUGCCAAAUGUUGCUUGACCAAAGAUAUCGUCGCCAGCAAGCACGACUUGCAGGUGGAGCACGAGCAGAGAGAGCGCGAGUUUGAGAGUACGCUUGAGGGCAUGCGGGAGCGGGAUCGUCGGGCGUAUCUGCGCAAGAUGGAGAAGGAACAGGAUGCAGUCGAACAGGAUGCAGUCGUCAGCGAAGAAGGAGACGACGGAGACGAAGAAGAAGAGUAG